AGAAUGAACUUAGUUGAACAUUGAGGAAAGGAGCUUCCCCCGCCUCCUCUCCGCCCAUGAAACCUCAAAUCCGCCUGUUUCCUGUUUCUGUGAGAAAAAACACAUAAAGCUGCAAGUAAGUUUCAAAUGGAAGCGAGCGUGCAGAUAGAGAUAUCCGCUCUGCCUGCACUUAACUUGCUUCACCUCAAAAACGAACGGGCGUGGACAAUGAAGUCCCCUCUCCACAGAGUCCUGGUGUUGCAUCUGAUGGGAAUCUUCACAGGAGACAAUCAGGUAUGAAAAGGCACCUUGGAGUGUGGAGGAGGGGGCAAAGGUGGGCUUCAGUCCAGAAUUCAAUCUUAAAUCUGGAGUUUAAAACUUUCAAAAAUAGAGUAGAAACAGAUUAAAGGACACUCCUUUUUUGGAGGUUUCAUAGCAGAGGUUGGAUGGCCGCUUGUCAGGGAUGCUGUGUAACUUGACCUGUGAUAGGAGCCUCUAUCGCAAAGUCUCACCUUCCCAGCCUCUUUGCAUGCUAAGCUGCUUACCCAUCUUCUUCUUUUCUGCUUGAGGUCUCCCAUAGCUCCAGCCCAAGACAAGACCGUUUUUCAGGCAACGAGCCAACACUUGACAUGGCCCUGGAUUCCUUCGAUGACCAAUACGAGGGCUGUGAACAGACGAUGGAGAAGGAGAUUGCAUGGCUAAACCAAACCGAGCUCCUCAAAAACAAAAUUUAUGCCAAAGCCUGGAAAUUAGCAGCCAACCUGAGGGAUGAUAGCAAAUGGCCCGGAAACCUCAAGCCAGAGUACGCUGCAGCAAUCAUGGCUUAUACCCUUGAAGAACCCAAGUUGUAUCCUGAUUUCAACGCAGCUGUAAGAAAAGCUGGGAAAUCCAAGGAAUAUUACCUGAAUAAUUUCAACUUCAAGACCUUCCACUUUCUCCUGACCAGAGCCCUUCAGGACCUGAGGACCUCCAACACCCCCAGCCCCCCCUGCUAUGAGGUGUUUCGAGGGGUCAGAAAUAUCCACUUCAGUGCUACCAUUAAGGAUACGAUCCGUUUCGGGCAAUUCACGUCCUCAUCACGGCAAGAGGGGAUUGCCCAUGGUUUCGCUGCAGAUCCUGAAUGGAGAGUUGGACAGCCUGUGGCCAAAACCAUCUUUGAGAUUUACACUUGUCACGGGGUUCUCAUCAGAGAAUUUUCUUCCUUCCCCAAUGAGGAUGAGGUUCUGAUCCCACCUUAUGAGCAGUUCAGGGUUGUAAGUUCCAGGAAGGAUGUGGAUGGUACAACCCGCAUACAGCUCCGCUCUGCUGGGAAAUUCAGCAAAUACAACUGUGCAUAUGCAAGUGGUAAGAACCCAAGGAAUUACUCCUGGGAUCAGAGAAUAGCCAAGUUUCUUUCUUUCCUUCCUUCCUUCCUUCCUUCCAAGAAUGGAAGAGGGAUAACUGUCAUUAGUCAUAGAGUAGACCUAUUGAUAUCAGUAGAUUUAAGUCAAUUUAUUUCAUUGCUCCCACUCUGGAUAUGUCUGAUGUUGGAUGUCAACCCCUAAUAUAAUGAAGUAAAAGCAGCAUCAAAUAGCAGAGUUAAAAUUAUAGUUACAAAGCAGAGGCAAAGAAAGCUAACGGUACCCUAUAUCUGGGAUGGGGAACCUCAGGCCCAGGAGCUGAAGGAAGAUGCCUCAGGACUCUCUCUUGGCCACAGCCCUUUGCCUCCUGGGCUCCACUCCUCACUGGCUCAGCUCUGCAGCCUCCUCACAUACUUCUCAUGGUGUGGAAUGUGUUCGUGGGGUGCAAUAAUGCUGAGAGAGAGACGGGGGGUGGUGGAUGACCCCUUUUGGAGAAUGAAGGAUAAUAAUACAUGAAUGACUCAUGUUGUGGUUCUUGUUUCAGGUGGGAGCUAUGAGAACAAUGCUGUGUCACCAAACUUUUCUGUCCUUGUUUGGAUGCUGAUCUCCUGGGCAUUUUCUGCAACAUUCUGCAUCUGAGGAAGUGGGAAAGUGUGGCUUCAGCAUCCCUUACAUCCAGAACCACCUGAGCUUGAUUACUUUAUGAGAAUAUAUGCUGCUGUGGGGGGAGGGGAGGAAAUAAGAAUUUGUCAAUAGGUAGAAUAGGCAAAAAAAAUAUUUACCGGUAGUUCAUUUUUUAAAAAAAGUUUACCCUUGUUACUGCCUUUCCCUCAAGGAGACAGAGGUGGCGCACAAGGUUUUUCUCAUUUUGAUCAGCAAAGCAACAUUGCGCUCUAGGGUUGAGAGGCAAUGACCUCUGCAAAUCAGCUGCGUUGAAGGAUUCCUGCCUAAUCCUGAAGACAUGCCUCUUUACCUUUGCUAAUGCAGUUUCCUAUUGCUUCCAUACAAUGCUCCUAGUAGUUGUAUUGCAAACAUUUCCAUAUAAGGUAUUGUUAGCGCUGUGCUCCAUACAAGGUAUUGUUAGCACUGCAUGAGCUUUGGCACGGUCUGAGAGAUCUCACACAAUUUUGGGCGAGAUCUCUUUGGCAACGGGCAGAAUGUUGUCUGAGAUGGCGCUGCCCCUCUAUUGGCACCACUUCUCCAGCGCAAAGGCGACAGGUAGGGCUGGGCGAUAACUAGUUUUCAAUAUUGUGAUAUGAACAUCGCAAUAUAUUAAUAUAUCGUGAUAUCUGAAAGAUGGAACUACGCAGAGGUGAACAGGACAAUUUCCUGGCAACUCCUACUAUUUAAGAGUCUAAAACUGACAAAUGAUGAUAUUAUCAGUUGUCUCAUGGUCACUUUCUGCAGCAGGCGAGCCAAAAUGCACCCAAAUGAGACUUUGGGUUUGGGGUUUGGCAACCAAAUGGUGGUAAUCAGAACAAUCCAAAGUACAGCAGGCCACUGCCAUUACUGCCACCACUUUUCUUUUAUGCAUAUGCUUUAAUUUAUAUUUUAAUUCAGUUGUGCUAUCUUUCUUCUUCUACAAGGGUGCCAACUUGAAUAACAUAUUUGGGCAUCCAGGUAACCCCCGCCCCACCUAAUUGACCACACGACAUUUGAAUGGCAGUGCCCAUAAACUGCCCCCUAAAAUAUUUUAUUGGGGGGACGAAGGACCUCAGCCCCUAGGACUUGGCUCCUAGGUUCUUGCAUGUUAUUCAAGUGAUUUAUUUUAUUUAUAUAUAUAAAACUAGUCAAUCAAUAAAUAAGAAAUGCAUGAAAAAAGAAGACGUCCAUCAGGAUAGAUUGGAUUAAGGCACAGAGCGCCAUUCCGGCAAUCAGCUGCCUAGCUAACACGCCAAAAUCGCCCUCCCCACAACCUCCCCUCACUCCGAUUUAUUCACGUGAGAGUCGCGCUGCACUCUGGACCCCAAAUAUGGGAGCGGAGCCACCUCUAUGGGUUUCCUCGGGAGCAGCGUCCCGGAAUCUCAACCACGAGGUUUUGGAGCCCAAAAAAGAAACGAAGGAGAAAGUGAGCGACGCGCAGUUCCUUUCGGGGCCGCGGGAGGCAGACGCAAACGCGGGGCGCAACAGCGAGGGCACCUUCGGUUUCGUUUCCAUCCACCCGGGCGGAGCUUUUGCGCACCAGCUGGGCGGGCGGGGAGGGGUGGAGGGGGGCUCGGCAGCGGCUCUCCAGGCCCCACAAUCCCCGCUUUGUCUCCCGGUCCUCGCGCAUCACGCGGGGAGACUCGCGCAAGAGGACAGCGCGGGCUGGGCGUGAGGACUCCUGCUGCCCUGGGCAGGCUUCGUGCUAGGAGGAGGGACCUCGGACGGAUGGACUUGGCAUCGCCCAUGGGCCCCGAUCCCCCUUCCCUCUUGCAAGCUGAACGGGGACAGCGCAAGGCGCUCCCCACGCCCGGUCUCCCCGGGUCUCACCUCUGGCCAAGGAAUCAGGAGGGCGAUGUGCGCCCAUCCACCUUCAAGGCUGAGAGAUUCUGGCACAGUGCCGGAUUGAGGUAUAAGCUCAACAAGCCAGAGCUCAGGGCCCCACUCUCUUGGGGGGGGGGGGGCAAAAACUUAAAGGGAAAACCCCCCCUGGAUGUACAUUUCCAAAAUAUAAGAUAAAAAACAAAUCAAAUAAAACCUACAUACAGCAACAGCAUUUUGUGUUGUGCAGACUCCUAUGAUGUAAGUCUUGGGCCCCGCCUGCUCGCCUGCUCCCUCAAAUAUCACUCGUUUGCUCCUUUCUAUAUAUAGGGUGCCUACAUCCUGCUAUUUAAUUAAUAGUAGUUUGCAUCAUAUAUUUACACCUAUUAUUAUUUCAUGUUAUAGCAAGUUUCUGGAGACUAGAUGAUGAGUCUUUGUAAAUGGUGUUUCUAAAGGAACUUUUUUUAUUGCCAAAUGCCAAUGUGUUUGCAUUAUUAAGUUCAUUAUGAAUAAAUCAUUUUAAGUUAGAGCUUAAUAAUUAUUUCACUAUUAAAAUAGUUCUUAAUUGUGUUUCACUGCUAAUAUACUUCUUAAUUGUAUUUCAGUUCAACAAUUACUUUGAAAACCCCCCACGUAUUUUGUUAUGUGCAAAUGGCUUUAGAUACCUAUGAGGUCCAUGAAUUACCAUAUAGCAUAUAUUAAACACAAAACAGUGACCAUUUGUUGUUGACAAAGGACAGCUGGACAUAGAAAGGGUCCCAUUACCUUCAUCAGCUGAGGGCCUCAUCAAACCUCAAUCCGGCCCUCUUCUGGCACACGCAAAAUUCAUUGUGGGUGGGCAGCUCAUUCAUGGAAAGGGGCCGUUUCCCAGCCCCCCUCAAGGUGAGCCUGAAAGAUCCGACUUCUGGAGGAGAAAUGCCCCUGCGAAGUGUGGAGUAUGGGCUUGUCUCUGACGCCCUGUUGUCACGCAACUCGCACUUUCCUGCAAGCAGGUCAGACAGAAUGCUUGGACAGUGAGCCGGUGUUUGAAACUCACAUUUUGCGACACUUCAUUCAAACAGCGAGCAGUUUCUGGCCUCUGGGCGCAGUACUGAUUUCAGAUUAAAACUGCAGAGCGGAAGGAAAGGAGGACCUUUUUCUGCCUCCCGACUUCCAGCUACUCUCUGAAGAAGAGACCCUCUUACGAAUAUUAGGGGGGUGGGCAGGGGAAGGACUAGACCAUGUGAAAAAUGAAGAUAAUAUUUUAGCUGCAAUCUAUUCCUUUUCAGCUUUGUAUUCUUGUUAUUAAAAAAGCGCACCUAGACAUUCCGUUGUUGCUCCCAUAACCUCGGUUUAAGGUGCCAUUGAGUUCCUAGCUUUCAUUUAUCAGUUUCUAACAUUGCUGGAAGCGACCUUGGAGUCAUUAUGGGAUGGACAGUUCUUUGCCUCUCUGCCUCUUCCAGGGAGGAGUUUCUGGAACAGCUGAGAUGCAUGUGAAGGGAACCAAUCUUAGAAUCACAUUCUAAUAUCUGAGCAACUAGAGAAUUCAUGCAGCUUGAUGAAUGGAAAAUAUUCAAAUUUAGUACCAACAGUUUGUAGCAAAACCAUCUUCUGUCACUGCUGUUACCACCAAAUAGGACAUGAAUAUAUGGCUCCCACCAUAUAUUUCAAAAUACCAGUAAACCCCAGUUCACCCAUCAGCCCCUAGGGUAAUUUCCAAGGUAAUUUUACCAACCACAAUGCUUGGUAAAAAGGGGAAGUGGCCUACAUAUAGAGAAGGAAAAUGGAAAUUAAAAGAUUAUGAGGAAAUUAAAGACCAUUUUUAGAGUUGGCUGCAUUACAGACAAUUACAUGAGAUGUAUAAGGAAGAUAAUAAAAAAGGGUUUAGUUAUACAAUCUCUAGAUUUCAAAAGGUGGUUAUAGAAAAAGAUGCGAAGAAAGCAUAUAGUAUUCUGCUAGAAUGGGAAACAAAAGAUGAGGAGGUCAAAUCAGUUAUGAUCAAAUGGGCACAAGAUAUAGGACACAAUAUACAAUUUGAGGAUUGGGAAAAGCUGUGGAAAGUGGAUUUGAAAUUCACUCCACACCAGUACAAAUAACAAAAAUGUACAAAACCGGGUCAAAUAUAUGUUGGAAAUGUAAAGAAAAAGAAGGUACUAUGUAUCAUAUGUGGUGGGAAUGUAGAGAAGUUUUUAAAAAUUGGGAAAUGAUAUAUAAUGAAUUGAAAAAAAUGUUUAAAAUGACAUUUGUAAAGAAAUCAGAAGCAUUUUUGUUAGGGAUUUUAGGACGAGACCUGCCAAGGAAAACAAAGAAUUUAUUUAUGGAAGCCACAACAGCGGCAAGAGUCUUGUUAGCACAAGGAUGGAAGAAGGAGGAAAUCCCAACGAAAGAACAGUGGCAAGAAAAACUGAUGAGUUAAGCAGAGUUGGCAAAGUUGACACAUAAACUCCGUGAGAAGGACAAUCGUGACUUCAAGGAAGAUUGGGAACUUUUUAUCAACUAUUUUUUUUAAAAACCAAAAUGACUUGGACUCCUUGGCAGGUUUUGAAUAAACAUCCACAAAUUUAUUAAUAGAAUAUAUGAUAGAUAAGGUAGUGAUAUGUACAAUUUUUAACAUGCAGAGAAUAAUAUGUGCAAACAAAUCAGAGAGGGGAGCUGAGGGAAGUCCUUGGUGGGGGGGAGAGGGCGGGAUGGGGAGGGGGGAUAAAAAGGGGGGAGAUAAUGUAAUUGAUUAUUUGGAUUGAUAAUUUGUUUUGUUGAAAUUGUCUAAUAAAAAUAUAUUUUUAAAAAGUAAAUACAUGUUGAUCAAUCGCGUUUCUAUUGUGUGCUAUGACAAACUACGUAGAACUAUAUGCAUUUCCACAUAAGUAGACGACAAAGUGGAAUGCUGAUUUAUGCAAAAUUAAAGCAAUUGCAGUGGCUGAAAGUACAAGUGUAAAUCAGGACAGACGGAGGCAUUUCAGCACAUCCCUGCUGAGAGUGAAAAUGUCCUGGUGUUUAAUUGAAUCAUUCUCACUAGAUGCGUUGCAGUAUGUUGCAUAUUGAGUCAGACUCCUCUUCUUUCUUUCUUCCUUCUCUUCUCUUCAUGAAUUUCCCUUUCCACUUCCCUUCAUAUU